AUGGAGCAGGAGCAGAUUGGACAUAGACCCCCUGAGAAAUUUAAGUUUGGCUGGGAGAGAAGUGGGGGCUUUGCCCUCUGUGUUGAGAAACCAAUCAGGAUUAAUCACAGAGACACAGACUCAUAUGAAGACUACCAGUUGCCAUUCGAUUUCCAUGCAGGAGUGAACAAAAACUACCCCUACCUGUCCCCUAGUGGGAAUUCGUCUCCACCUGGAUCACCUACUGAGAAACUUGGUUUGCUGAGGACAGACCCAGUACCUGAGGAAGGAGAAGAUGCUACAGCCGUGCUCAGCACCACCAAGACACUCUCAGAAGAGGAGCAGGAUGAGCUGAGAAGAGAGCUGGCAAAGGUGGAAGAAGAAAUCCAAACUCUGUCUCAAGUGUUAGCAGCAAAAGAGAAGCAUCUAGCAGAGAUCAAGUGGAAACUUGGGAUUGGUUCACUACAGGAGCUAAAGCAGAACAUUCCCAAAGGGUGGCAGGGUGUGACAGCCACAUCUGCAUACAGGAAGACCUCCGAAACCUUAUCUCAGGCCAGACAGAAGGCUUCAGUGGCCUUUUCAUCUGUUGGCUCUGUUAUCACCAAAAAGCUGGAAGACAUAAAAAAUUUCCCAACUUUCAAGUCAUUUGAAGAAAAGGUCGAAAACUUAAAGUCUAAAGUAGGGGGAGCCAAGCCUGCUGGUGGUGAUUUUGGAGAAGUCUUGAAUUCAACUGCAAAUGCUAAUGCCACUGCCACAGAGCCACCUCCAGAACAGACACAGGAGAGCCUGUGAGAUUGCUACUUUUGUUCCACUACCCAAGGCAGAUAUUGCAAACAAGAUCCAAGCACAUCUUGUCAACAGUCAUUGCUAUGGAUUUCUAACAGAUAUGCUUUUAUUUAGCUUUACAUACUUCUUUGACCAAUUAAUUCAUGAGUUAAAAUGAAAAUAUC